AUGGCUGACGACAGUGCAAACAAGAUCGACACCGUCGAUUGCGGUUUGGACAUCACUCCAGACAAGGAUGGAGGGGUAAUCAAAAUGAUCAUUAAGCCGGGUGUCGGCGAGGCUCAUCCAGCGACCGGCAACGCCGUUUAUGUGCACUACGUCGGGACACUAUUGGACGGUUCUCAGUUCGAUUCAAGCCGAGAGCGCAACCAGCAGUUUUCUUUUGUUGUUGGAAAAGGUGAAGUUAUUAAAGCAUGGGACCUAGCUUUACCAACGAUGAAGAAAGGUGAAGUCUGCAAGAUCACCUGUCAACCGAAGUACGCAUACGGCGAAGCCGGAUCCCCGCCGAAAAUACCCGCAAAUGCUGUCCUCGUGUUUGAAAUUGAGCUAUUUCAUUGGGAAGGUGAAGACAUAAGUCCGGAUAAAGACAAGACCAUUUUGCGCACGCUUCUGGUAGAAGGCAAGAAAUGGGAUAGUCCGAACGACGAGUCGCAGCUAAAUACUCACAUCGUUGGGUUUCAUGAGGGCCGAACUUUUGUCGACCGCGAUUUCGAUUUCAUCCUUGGCGAAUGUACAGAAGCUGGCCUUCCAGAGGGUAUCGAUGCUGCAUUGAAGAAGUUCAAUAGAAACGAAAAAUCGUAUGUGCAGCUGAAGUCGAAAUGGUGCUAUGGGCCAGAAGGCAACAAGGAGUUCGGAAUUCCUCCGAAUUCCGAGCUGGAUUUCGAAAUUGAACUUAAGGAUUUUGUCAAGAACAAGGAAUCGUGGAAUAUGAGUGAGAAGGAAAAAAUCGAGGAAUCACGAAGAUUGAAGGAGCGAGGCACCUCCUUUUUCAAGGCUCAAAAGAUGAAGUUGGCCCUCGAUAAGUACAAGCGAAUCGUGGAUCUCCUGCAACACAUGCGGGAGCUGAAGAAUGAUGAAGAAAAAGAGGUUGCAAAUUUGCUGAAGGCAGCUCGUCUCAACAUGAGUCUGAUAUUCCUGAAGAUCGGAAACACCACGGGAGCAAUUAAAGAAUGUGACGAAGUUUUGUCGACGGAUGCGCAAAACGUCAAGGCGUUGUACCGAAGAGCUCAGGUAUUCGUCUUAGUCUCUGUUCUUGUGCUUACGUGUGUCAUUUAA